AUGUCUUCUAAAUAUUUAACUUAUUAUGAUGCCGAUGUUGAUUUGGAGGAUGUUGAACUUUUCGAAGAUGGACGUUGGCUUAAUGAUAAAUGUAUCGAUUUAUUUAUAGAAUAUCUUGAUCAUAAUAUAACCUCAAAAGAUGAUAUUUCUCGAUCAAAAGUUUUCCUUCUUAGGGCUGCUCUUACUUUUUUAAUAUCUAAUAUUCAAGGUGUCUUGUCUUAUAUCACUUUCAUCUUUAUUGCAUCUUUAUUGUAUGAUCAAUUCUUAUCUAAAUCUUCUAUCUUUACGGCGCAAGUUAUAUUCAUGAUAGUAAAUGAUAAUAACGAUGUGACCAAAGCUCGUGGUGGAAAUCAUUGGAGUUUAUUAAUAUUUAUUAGAAAAACUAAUAAAUUCUUACAUUAUGAUAGUGCUAAUGGAAUGAAUACAGAAGCUGCUAAAUCUAAUGCCGUUAGAAUUGCUGGAGUACUUGGUGUUACUGGAUCAUCGUUUCAUAAUAUGAAAACACCUCUUCAAGAGAAUGCUUUCAAUUUUAAUAACUUUGUUUUCAAACCUCAUAUCAAAGAAUGUGGUAUCUAUGUUAUCUCGAUAACCGAACAACUAUAUCGAAAAGUUAUUAAAUAUUAUCAAACACAUGAUCACGAUGAUGAAAUAGAACUUUCUUCAGUUUUUGAACUUGAUAAUGAUCAAAUUCCAAUCGGUCGUGAAAUGAGAAAAAGAUGUAGAAAUAUUGUUAAAGAUCUUAGAAAUGCUACUACUCAAAAAUAA